GGUGCCUGUAGAAACCCCUGAAUUCCCCUCGCGGCUCAUAUUCUCGAGCUGCCGUACGUAGUCCUUGAAGAACGUUUUCAGUGCGCUCCACCUCGCGAUGCUGCGCUUCUUCCGCGCCGCCUUGAGCAUCGCCUUCAGGGUCGCCUCGCAGGCGCUGUUCUUUGAGGCCCCGCGCAGUUGCUGCUGGGCCGCCUUAAUCUCCUUCGACGCGUCAGAGAUCUCGUGCUGCGCUUCGCUCGUGUACCAGCCUCUCUGCCCUCGUGCGCACCUCGCCNGA